GAUGCAUUGUGGAGAUUUUCUACAUAGUGAUAGUUAUAGAGUGGAAUCGUUAACUAUGCAAGUCAUCGUUAACGCCGUUGCGAUUUCUGGGGCGUUUUUCGCUACUCUCUUAUUAAACAGUGGCUUUCGAGUGAAGUUACUGCAAGCGGUCUUUAUCUUCUCGGCUUUCGUCUCCCUUUUACAAUUCGUUACCACCGUCAACGAGGCGUCUUCUUUUAUAGUUCAAAGCAUUUUCUCAGCUCUUUUAGCCUUUCUCGUUACCCUUCUACUGCUUCACGGCGUCGAGGCAUUUCCGACUGAAGUUCGGACUACGGGUCUUGGAUUGCUCUGGGCAUCAAAGCAUUUGGGAGCGUCUAUAGGAGUUAACGCUUUUCGUGAGGCGCCAUCUUCAGCAUCAGCAAUCAUCAGUGCCAUCUUAAUGAUCGCUGCUGCAUUUUUAUGUCGAUAUGUUCCAGAUAAUAGAAAAAGAUUAAUGUAG